AUGUCAUCUGAAUUUUAUGGAACAAUCAAACCAAAAAUGGAUUUUAAUGCUGAAACAGCAGCUGAUGUAUUGUAUGAUGCGAUGAAAGGUUCAGGAUGUGACAAAUAUCGUGUCAUUCAGGUCAUCGCUCAUUGUAACAAUGCACAACGACAAAUGAUUCGUACGCCGUACAGAAAUAAAUAUGGAAAGGAUUUGAUUGAUGAGCUGAAAAAGGAAUUAUCAGGUGAUUUUGAAGAUGUCAUCAUUGGAUUAAUGGAAACACCAACUAAAUAUGAUGCUAUGCAACUGCAAAAAGCUAUGAAGGGUUUGGGGACAACAGAAAUAACAUUAAUUGAUAUUCUAUGCUCUCGAAAUGAUGAUGAAUUAAAUGCAAUUAAAAAUGAAUACAAGGAUGAGUUUGGGAAAACAUUGGAAAGUGAUAUUGUUGGUGAUACAAGCGGUGAUUUCAAAGAAUUACUCUUAGCAUUGCUUAAUACUCGUCGUGAUCGAUCAUACAAUGUUAAUUAUUUGAAAGCAAGAGAAGCGGCAAAACGAAUGUUUGGCAAUAAGGAAAAAAAAGAGAAACCGGAUAAGGAAACUUUCAAAACGGUCUUAAGUCAGGAUAAUUUUCGGCAAAUCCAAAAACUAUUCAGUGAAUAUCAGAGUAUGACCGGUGAACCUUUAACGGCAGCUGUUGAGAGAGUAUUUAGUGGUGAUGCAAAAAUUGCUUACUUAGCUUUAAUUGAUAGUAUUCAAAAUAAGCCACGUUUCUUUGCUAAGCAAUUGUAUGAUGCUAUGAAGGGUCUUGGUACAGCUGAUCAUCAUUUGAUACGGAUAGUGGUUUCACGAUCCGAAAUUGAUUUGGCAUUAAUCCGAGAAGAAUUUGAAAGAAUGUACAAAAAGCCAUUAGUUGAUUGGAUUAAAUCGGAAUGUUCUGGACCGUACCGUGAUGCAUUAAUUGUUAUUAUCAAAGGAAAUUGA